AUGACCAACUCCUUCAAAACAAUCCCUCCGUCAGAAAUAGGCGCUUUCACCCCAGGCGGCCCAACAAAAACAUUCAACCCACCCCUAGACCCCGCAACGAAAAACUACCGCCUAAACCACCUCGCCCUCCGCAUAACUGACCCCGCACGCUCCCUCCACUUCUACGUCGACCUCCUCGGCAUGCGCGUAGUCUUCAAUAUGAAUGCAGGUCCAUUCACAAUCUAUUAUCUUGGUCACCCACCAGAUACAACAGACGAAGGAGGCAUGGAGAAGUGGGUAGAAACGACCGCCCAAAUGCCCGUUUUAACGAGGACGAGUGGACUUUUGGAGCUUUUCCAUGUGCAUGGGACUGAGAAUGGCAAUGGCGAAGUGGGUAUCUCCAAUGGUAAUGUCCCGCCGAAUCUGGGGUUUGCUCAUCUGGGUUUUACGGUUCCCGAUGUGAAUGCUGCUGUUGAGAGAUUGAGGGCUGGUGGGGUGGAGAUUUUGAAGGAGCCUGGUGUUUGUUCGAGGGACUCUGUGCCUUUGAGUGAGUGGGAGGCUGAGAGGGGCGUUGGGGUUGGGGAGAUUCAUGGGAAUUAUGCUUGGUUUUUUGAGAAGUUUGCUAUGGUUGCUGAUCCGGAUGGGUAUAUGGUGGAAUUGACACCGCAGAAUAUUUAG